AUGGAGAGUAACCAUUCGUUGACUCCUAGUGAAGUGAGAAAGCUCGUUUAUAGCUUUGUUAUCGGCAAUGGAAUAAAAUGUCCUUUAAUGUGGCAUGAAAACCACACUGCUGGAGCUGAUUGGUUCACAUCAUUUAUGAAGAGGAACAAGUGCCUAUCUCUAAGAAAAGCUGAAGCUACAAGUCAAGCUAGAGCUGCCGGAUUCAAUUACCCAGUUGUUAACGCUUAUCAACAGCAAUUGGGUGCUAUAUUUGCCCGUCAUACGUAUCCACCAGAUCGCAUCAUCAAUAUUGAUGAAACUAGCGAUCAAACUGUGAUGGCGGCUGAAAUUGUUGUUGCUAUUCGUGGUACCAAGCAGGUUCGUCAAACCACAGGUGCCGAGCGAGGAACUAAUGUUUCCAUGAUCUGCUUUGGAAACGCUGCAGGUGGGUUUAUUCCUCCAGCUUUUGUCUUUCCGCUAAAGAAAGUAAACAGACAAAGUAUGAAUAACUCAAUUCCUGGUUCAAUCGCUUUCGCCAACGGGACUGGUUGGUUUGAUGGAAAGAUUAUGGUGGAUGUCAUAGAACAUUUACAGCGUUACGUGAAAAGCAGCAAGGAAAAUCCAGUCCUAAUCAUUUGGGAUAAUUUCACAGCUCACUUGGAUUACCUAGUAGUUAAAAAAGCAAAAGAAUACGGUAUGGAGAUAAUUACUUUGCCUCCCCACACAUCCCAUGAGCUACAACCCUUGGAUGUGUCGGUGUUUGUAGCACUGAAAAAGUAUAUUAAGGCAGCUCACAUGAUUUGGUACCGUAAUAAUCCUGGAAAGCGAAUUACCAUCCAUGAAGUUGCAGGAUUAACAAGGGAGCCUUUCUAUAAGGCUAUGACUCCUACCAACUUAAUUUCUGGUUUCAAAAGAGCUGGGAUCUACCCUUUCAUAAUGUUUCAACCUGACGACCCCCGUUUCUCAUCAUCUUUGGUUACUGAUCUGCCAGCUACAUCGCAACAACAGAUUGCGGAAGCUCUCUUUGUUGAUGAAAUGCAGACCCCGAUACAUUCCAUGGAGAUUGAAGUUUCGAACAACAUUCACACGGUGGAGAGGGAAGAUAAUGGAAUGGAUAUUACACAGGAAGAAGUCAACGUCCCAACUAUCGACUGUCGUGUUUUUGGCAGCACAGUAGCUUCGACGCAAGCUGAAAAUUUUCAGCCAAUGCCAAAUAAUGCUAGUGAAAUUGUUGAUGGAGUAGAUGGAGUAAAUCAAGAAAGAGCAGGCAACUGUGAAACUUCCGGUAGCACGAAUGUGAGAUUAUACAAAUUGGCCCAAGACAAAAGAACAGAACCCGUAUCGGAAGAAGCCGCGUUUUAA